CUCAAACCCUCUGUCUCUCUCAUCAGCUCUGUGAAAAAAGAGGUGCCUUCUAGGCUUUGCAAGAAGAAGGUAAAACAUCGGCACUACAAGAAAAAGGUAUUCCAUUAAAAAUCAAGAUUUCUUGUAAGUUUGUGUAAAAAUUUAUUCUUGAUACAGAAUGGGUUUCUCAAAAUUGUUCUUCUGUUCAUUAAUUUUCAUUGUCUGCAUAUCGAGUUUAUCAAUUCAUUCUGUAGCUUAUGUUUCCAUCAAUAACAUCACUCUUUUGGGUGAUGCUUAUUUUCAAGAAAAUGGCAGGAUUUGCCUUACUCCUUAUUCACCAUCACCAUCACCAUCACCUUCAUCUUCAAUUGGUGUGGGUAGAGCUCUUUAUAAUCAUCCAAUUAGGUUUCUUGAUCCUUCUACGAAUUCCAAUGCUUCUUUCAUUUGUCGUUUUUCUUUUUACAUCACCGCAUUUUCUGAUUCUUCAUCUUCAUCUUCUCCUCCACUGUUUGGAGAUGGUUUAACCUUUAUCAUUACUUCCAAGAAAUACAUACUAGGUAGUGGUUUUGGUUAUAUGGGUCUCUCCAAUGAAACUAGUCAAGAAGAGGGGGGAAUGUACAUUGCAGUGGAAUUUGAUACUAGUUUUGACCCGAGUCUUGAUGAUAUUAGCGAUAAUCAUAUAGGAAUUGACAUCAAUUCAGCUAGGUCAUUUGCUUCUGUUGAUUCAACUUCGAUGGGUUUUGAUUUAAAGAAUGGUAAAAGAACGACAGUGUGGAUUGAAUACAUAGAUUCCAAGAAGAUGGUGAAAGUUUGGCUCAGUUAUACAAAAUCCAGAACUAUUAGGCCAAUUCUUGCUACUCAUAUUGAUCUUUCUAUGUACCUUGAAGAGUUUAUGUUCAUUGGUUUUUCUGCAUCAAAUGGAAAGGGAUCAGCACAACACGUGGUCGAGAAAUGGAGAUUCAGGACUUAUGGGUUUCUUCCUUCCGUUAAUUCCUUUGAUACAAGGGUUGAAGGUGGUUGUUUUAUGUGUGUUCCUGAUGAUGUACUACCAAAUGAUACUGCUCAGACACCCUCAACAAGAAGCAGGAAGAAUGAACUAGUUCUUGGAGUUGGCGGGGCAGCAUUUUUUGUCUCGGUUUCGUUGGUUAUUGGAGGAAUAAGUUGGUUUUUCAUGAGAAAGAAAAGAAACGGUGAUACGGGAAAUUCGAGACAUCAACGUUAUAAUGCUGAACUGAAUCAAGUGCCACAAAGGCUUUCACUUGAUGAGAUUAAAGUAGCAACUAGGGGUUUCCAUCGUAGUAGAGUAUUGGGUGAGGGGGGGUCAGGAACAGUCUAUGAAGGACACCUUGCAUCUGGCAAGGAAGUGGCAGUUAAACGAUUCCAUCAGAUCAACACGGCUGAUCUUUAUAGUGAUCCGUUCACUAAUGAACUGGCAGCAGUAAUUGGUUGUUUAAAGCACAGGAACCUCCUUCAGCUUCAAGGUUGGUGUUGCGAGCGAGGUGAGCUAAUCUUGGUUUAUGAGUAUAUGCCCAACGGAAGUCUUGACAAGUUGCUGGAGAGAACUGGUGACUCACCAGUUGCAAAGCUCAAAUGGGAAGACAGGCUAAAGAUUGUUCUUGGUGUUGCCUCGGCACUAACGUAUCUUCAUGAGGAGUGUGAAAGACAGAUAAUUCAUAGAGAUGUCAAGGCGUGUAACAUAAUGCUUGAUGCUGAUUUUAAUGCAAAACUUGGGGAUUUUGGUUUGGCUGAACUGUACGAGCCUGGUGCAGCCAUAAGGAAUCCAACCAUACCCGCAGGAACAAGGGGUUAUCUUGCCCCUGAAUAUGUACAUGCAGGAGUUCCCACUGUGAAGACAGACGUUUUCAGCUUUGGAGUGGUGACACUGGAGGUGGCCACAGGAAAGCUGCCGGUAGAUAAUGAUGGAAAGACCCUAGUUGAUUGGGUAUGGGACAAGUGGACUAACGGGAAACUGAUUGAGGCUGCAGAUGCCGGUUUGAUGGGAAGGUUUAACAAGAGGGAGAUGGAGGGAAUGCUAAUAGUAGGUCUUUCUUGUGCUGAUUAUAAUUGCGCCGAGAGACCAACUGCAAAAGAGGCAGCCAGGAUGCUCAAAGGCGAAGCUCCAUUACCAGUCCUACCAGCAAGGAGGCCAUUUAUGCCACUAGUACCUGCGUUGCCAACUGGUAUAAUAGCACAAGAUGAUGGAGUUGGAAAUGGUGGCGGGGUUGAUAUUGGUCGUCGUUCUGAUACUACAUGGAUAACAGCUCGAACCAAUCUAUCUUAAGACCUGUUCUCGGCUUCAAAUGUGUACUUGUAAAUGUUUCCUGAUACAUUUUUAGUAUGAAGACCAUGAUGAAUGCUUGAAAGUGUAUUUUUUGUUUGAUCUUCAGAAUUUUUCAAUAAUGAAAUUUUAAGUACU